AUGGCUGGCCUGGAUGCGGAAAUGUCGGGGGAGAUUUCCGGGAAGCAGCUCUCGAGGCAGUUGAAGGCGAGGAGAAGUCGCACGCAGAUUCUGGAACUGAAUGUCGCGGGAGGUCCGGUCGCUGACUCAAAACGUAUUCUCUCGGCGACCUUAGACUUCUUCAGGGCGAUUUUCGGAGCGGAUCGAAGAACAGACUUCAGUGAUUGGUCCCCAAGACCGGAACGUUACCUCGGUAGUGCGGAAGCUGGGGGGCUGGAAGCGGAUUGGACAGAGGAAGAAGUCAAAGCGGCUUUCAAAGACAUGGCGAAAAACAAAUCGCCGGGGCUGGACGGGUUACCGAAGGAGCUUUUUGAAAACAACUGGGAUCUGCUGGGGGGAAGUUUCAUGUCGCUGGUCAAGGACUUCACUGCGACUGCAAAGCUUCCCGCUGAAACGAAAGGGGCGGUGACAAUUCUUCUGCACAAGAAGGGGGACAAGAAUCAGCUGGGAAAUUACCGUCCUAUCACUCUGCUCAAUUUCACCUACAAAAUUCUGGCGAAAGUGCUGGCGGACAGAUUGAAAAAGGUGCUGCACAACGUGAUCUCACCUGAGCAAUACGGUUUCAUACCCGGACGCAAGCUCAUUGACGCGGUUGCUCUGGUUGCCGAUAUCAUUGAUGCGGCGAAAAAUGGAAACAAGGACUGGCAUCUGCUGCUCGUUAACUUUCAAAAGGCGUUCGACUCGGUCUCAAGGAAUUUCAUCUUCCAAGUCCUGAGGAAGAUGAGCCUCCCAGACCGUUUCGUUGGCUGGGUUGAAGGGCUGCACGCACAGACGACGACGCGGAUGUUAAUCAACGGAUGGCUGGGAGGAGGGAUUGACGUGGAAUCGGGUGUGAGGCAAGGUUGCCCGCUAGCACCUUACCUCUUCCUGUGUGUGGUCGAGCCGUUGGUGCAAGAAGUGGAGAGGAAGCAGUUGGGGUUGUGCGACACUGCAUCAGGGAAACGCUUGUCGUACCUGGGGUAUGCUGACGACACCACCCUGAUCCUGGAGGGAAAGCAGCAGAUCAAGGAGGCCUAG